AAGUCAGACUUCUCGAAACGGCAACAUAUGCAUUAUAAAUUAUAAAUAUUUUUAUCAUUGCAGAGUAACGCUUGACUGUCUGGAUAAAUUAUACAUGACAAGAUAACAAUUAUAUAAAAGCGCGAUAAAGCUCUACAUGACAUUACAUUCCAAUAUUGUUCACUCUUGUAAACGGAAUUCUAAUAAAAUUUGAACGUAUACAUAUUGACAUAAUCAUGGCUCAAAAUAAAAAAGUCAACUUGAGCUCGAUGGUGAAUCAUAAGUUUACUGAAGAAGUGCUGAAAGAUAUUCUAUGCAAGGCCUACGAUGGGAAGAAAGUGCAACUGACAGAUUGGAAGUUUGGUGAUGAAUUUACCAAAGGUGACAGCUACUUGUCAACUGUCUACAAAGGUGUAUUAUAUGGUAUUACGGAUGACGAGGCAAGACAAGAAGUUCAAGUUAAUUUUGUUGUAAAGUCCAUUCCACAGAAUGUUGCUCGCAAGAAAACUUUUAGAAGUUCAGAUUUUUUCUCUAAUGAGAUUAUUUUUUAUACACAGGUGGUCCCUAAGUUUGAGAAGUUCUUGAAAGAAAAAGGACAGAGCAAGCUGUUACGUAUACCACGUUAUCUAGUCUCCUACAUGGAUGGUGAGAAUGAUUUUAUAGUGCUAGAAGAUCUCUCUCCCUUAGGAUUUGGACCUGCAUCGAGACAGAGCUGUAUAAAUUGGGCAGAAUGCUUGGUAAUAUUGGAGGCAUUGUCAAAAUUUCAUGCUAUCUCAUUUGCAUAUAAGGAUCAAAACAAGGAGGAAUUUACUGAAAUGACUAAAUGUUUGAAAGAGACUUAUUUUGGCAAACAUAAUUGGGACUGGUAUCGAAGAUUCCAUGAGAGACUAAUAGAAAUAUCUCAACAUGCAUUAACUGCUGAGUAUCCUGAUAGUAAAGCUCUGAAGCAAUUCAAUUCCUAUAAAUUUGGCACACUUUAUGACAAGUGUUCAGAGAUAGUGUGUGAAAGAAAACAUGCUCCUACAUCUGUUAUAUGUGCGGGUGACUGUUGGGCUCCAAACUUUUUAGUUCGAGAUAUUGGUCAAAAUCAGAAGGAAGCAUUAGUACUCGACUUUCAACUAGCACGUACCGCCAAUCUUUCCACGGACUUAUCAUUCCUGAUUUACUCGUGCACUCACAAGUCAUUUCGAGAUCAAUAUUUUGACACUACUUUGAAAACUUAUCAUUCUUUAUUGAGUGAUGCUAUUAAAACUCUUGGAUCUGAUCCAGAAAAGAUUUAUCCAUGGGAUUUGUUCAUGAAAGAAGUGAAGGAGAAUUUUAUCUUAGGUGUUGUCUUCGCAACUGAAGCUAUUCCAUUUGCAAUAAUGGACCCGUCUGAAUCGUUCGACUUGGACGUUCUCGUUAAAGGUGACGAAGCAGUAGAUAUUGCUGAUGUAUGGGCCUUGCGCAACAUUGCAACAUCGAGUGGAAGACGAAGAUUAGCGGAUAUGCUAAUUCAUGCUGUUGAACAUGGAUAUCUAUAACGAAAAUUUUCACAAAAAUCUUGACUGUUUGUGUAAAAUUAGUCUUAAUAUCAAGCUCGUCAACCAUGAAACCGUGAUGUAUUAUAAAGAAAAUUGUAUUUUUAGUAACAUAAUUUCUGAGCAACUUGCGCAUACUCCGUGACACAUGUAAAAAUGCGUGCAUUUGAAAUGUGUGUGUAUUUAUAUAUCACUUAUUGAGUUGUAUCAUGACCUUAAUGCAAUAGAAAAAAAAAGUAUAUUAAAUCUA